GUGUUAUCUCUGUUAAAAAUAAAAUAGUUUGAAAGUGCUUGUGAUAAAGCGGUUAUUUAAUAAUUAUAUAUAAAAAGCUGAAUUUCAACAAGAAAUUAACAGAACGAACGAUGAAGUGUGCAUGGAAAGUGCUAGCAGUCUGUCUGCUGCUGCAAAGUGUUUGCGGUUAUCUGCCGCUGAAUAACGAAUCAGAAAUCCCUGAAGGUGCCAAAAUAUUAAAGGAGAAUGCCGAAACUCUAUUCGGUGCGAUAUUCAAUCCGACACAACGCAAAGAAUUAUCCAUAAGUAAUACCAUAGAUCAGGACAUACUGCAGGAAGUAUGCGCCGAUUUAUAUGUCGGACAAGUGGAAAGUAUUAUGUAUGUUGGUGGCUAUGGCAUUAGGAACUGUGUGCGAAUCAAUAACUUCCUGAUGGAAAUUUAUAUGAAGUUGUAUGGAGUUGAGCAAAUACAGCAACAAUUCUUGGAAGGCAUUCAACAGUGCUCGGUGGAGUUCUCAACCAGCGCUGAAGUGAAAUGCUACACCAAUUUGAUCUCCCAACUAUUCCGAGAACUGAAUUCUGUUUCGGAAGAUAUACCUCACAGUGAGCAAGUUUGCUUAGGUUUUAAACUGCAACAAAUGUUGCGCAAAUUGGCAAAAGCUGCCACAAAAUAUGAACGAUGCCUUUCAAUUAAUAGUUCGAACAAUUCUACGCAACCGCCAGUAGUGAGACCUACAUGGGUUCCACCACAAUGGAACUCAACCUGGGCACCACCACAAUGGAACUCAACAUGGGCUCCACCACAAUGGAAUACAACUUGGGCGCCACCGAUCUGGAACUCCACAUGGGCUCCACCACAAUGGAACUCAACUUGGGCAUCACCACAGUGGAACUCAACUUGGGCUCCACCACAAUGGAAUACUACUUGGGCGCCACCACAAUGGAACUCAACUUGGGCACCACCACAGUGGAACUCAACUUGGGCUCCACCACAAUGGAAUACUACUUGGGCGCCACCACAAUGGAACUCAACUUGGGCACCACCACAGUGGAACUCAACAUGGGCUCCACCUAAUUGGAAUAGUACAUGGGCUCCACCACAAUGGAAUACUACUUGGGCGCCACCACAGUGGAACUCAACAUGGGCUCCACCACAAUGGAAUACAACUUGGGCGCCACCGAUCUGGAACUCCACAUGGGCUCCACCACAAUGGAACUCAACUUGGGCACCACCACAGUGGAACUCAACUUGGGCACCACCUAAUUGGAAUAGUACUUGGGCACCACCACAAUGGAACUCAACAUGGGCUCCACCACAAUGGAAUACAACUUGGGCGCCACCGAUCUGGAACUCAACUUGGGCACCACCACAGUGGAACUCAACUUGGGCUCCACCACAAUGGAAUACUACUUGGACUCCACCUCAAUGGAACUCAACUUGGGCACCACCUAAUUGGAAUAGUACUUGGGCACCACCACAAUGGAACUCAACAUGGGCUCCACCACAAUGGAAUACUACUUGGGCGCCACCGAUCUGGAACUCCACAUGGGCUCCACCACAAUGGAACUCAACUUGGGCACCACCACAGUGGAACUCAACUUGGGCUCCGCCACAAUGGAACUCAACUUGGGCAUCACCUAAUUGGAAUAGUACUUGGGCACCACCGAUCUGGAACUCCACAUGGGCUCCACCACAAUGGAACUCAACAUGGGCAUCACCACAGUGGAACUCAACUUGGGCACCACCACAAUGGAAUUCGACCUGGACCCCACCACAGUGGAACACAACUGAAGCAACACCUCAAUGGAACACAACUUCUGAUGGAAAUAGUACCCAGGCAUCACUCAAUACAACAGAGAGUACACAAAUUUCAGUGACUACUGAAAGCAAUGCUGAAAUUGGAAGUCAGCCUUGGGGGAGAAAAAUCUGGCACAAGAUUGAAAAUAUUUUCCAUUAGUCGUCAUUAAAUAUGCAUAUAGUUUAGCAGUUCUUUAAGAAAAACUGUAACAAUUCUAAGCCAAAUGGCUAUCUAGAAUUUUUGAAGAAAUAAAUAUAAAUCAAAAAUAAAUUAAAAAAAGUAA